AUGCUUCCUCAACAAGUCCGACUUUGCCUUCAGGCACUCCAUAUUAGCAUCAACGAGUUUUCUACAUUUGUAGCUUCUCGCGGUCUCGACGAUGACGUCGUUGCUUCCGUCACAGCAGAAGGCGACCCCCGCCUUCAGGACACCCUCGCUCAGCUUCGACAGCUCUGUGAGAUUGCAGAAGAGUUAGCAAAUGUUCUCCACGAAAUGCGUAGUCCCAUGCAGACAGCAGGAAGCUGCAGCACUGUUACGUCACAUCAACCUUUGGACAUGUCUCAAACAACACAAGAAUGCAAAAAUUCAAACCAAGAUUCUCCUUUCGAGUCUCGCUCCGUGGAUUUUGGGCGCGACAAAUCUCUUGAAAACCCGCCUGUCCCCAGCGUCAUCCAGGUUCUGCCGCGCAAACUAGUACAACCUAUCUCAUAUCCGGGGGAUGCAAGCCUCCCUGCGAUCGGACCUAUUCUAUCCAAUGAACUUCCUGGAGCACCUCCACCCAUCAAUCACGCUCCCUGUGAAAAACCGUCAGCCUCUUGCAUUGAACCACUAGAUCAAUUUGCACACUGUAGAAUCUUGAUAGCGGAGGAUAACAUGAUCAACCAGAAAGUCAUGUUGAAGUUCCUCAGGAGACUAGGACUCAAUGAUAUCGUCACAGCUUCAGAUGGUCAGGCUGCAGUGAACAUUGUUCAAGAGUGCAUGGAUAGAUACCAACCUUUCGACCUCAUCUUCAUGGAUGAUACAAUGCCGGUCCUCAGCGGCCACGACGCCACGCAUCUGAUCCGCGAGAUGGGGUUUCGAGGUCCAAUAUGCGGUAUGAUGGUCAAUUUGAGGCUCGCCAAUAAGCAGAAAGCUUUCGACGCAGGCAUCACUACGAUUAUCCAUAAGCCGUUCCAGCUUCGUGCUAUUCGAGAGGUCCUGGAGCAGUACUUGACGCCUCUUGUCGAGGAGCUAGAUGAUACCAUGCUAUCGGGAUGGGUUGACGAUUCACCAUUACCACGACGGAAGCCAGAUAUCAAGUCGAAACUUUGA